AUGUCAGACCGCAAGACAAACGGAACAAACGGCCACGAAAUCGAAUACGUCGAAUCCGAAGAAACUUAUGAAACAAAAUCGGAAUUCUUAGGAAAACUGUUUACAUAUUCCGUCGUAAAAGACACUUACAGUUUUGUCAACAACAAUAAAAUCGGCAAUGCCGCUAUUAACGCAGUAAGCACCGUGGGUAAAAUAACAACAGCUCCGGUUGUGUCCAGAUUCCCAGAAAUAUCCAGAAAUGUUGAUCAUUUUGCUGCCGAGGGUGUAGCUUUAGUAGGUGACGUCUUUCCCGCAUCUGCCGGAGAAAUCAUUACCGGAGUCACCACUCCCGCCAAACAAACCAUUUCCAACAUUCAAUCAACGAUCGACACAAAGGUCACUACUCCCAUCAACCAUCAAGCACGAAAGAUUGCGUCUCAAGUAUGUGAGCAAAUCUCCCCUAUCGCACGAAACGUUGAUAAAAGUCUAGAACCAAUCAUCAACAAAUACGGUGGACUUGUCAAUUCGUGGCUUCCCGCAGAAGAAAGCGAAACCGAAGACGAAAAGAACGAUUCAUACCAAACCUACAGAGCUUACUCUUUGACAAGCAAGGCUCAGCGUAGACUCUCGAAACGACUCAAGCGUCAAAUCUCCAACACUCAGACGUUCACCGCUUCGCAAUUGCGUCAACUUCAAGAAUCCAACAUCCUUCUCCGACAAGCUACCGAUUCAGUCGCUACCCUCAAUAGUAAAUUAAACGAACUCGUUGUAACCGCCAGGUCGAACGCGGUAUCUCUCAGAGACACUGUACAGAGCCAAGACUUAGGCACUACCUUGCAAGGCCUCUCGAAGAACCUUCUUGCUACUACCGACUCGAUCGCCAAGUACAUCAAAGAGAACACGGGUCAACUCCCAGAAUAUGUUCAAGAUUCCCUUGCCCCGAUGGUCACCUUUUUCAAUGGUUUUUACGGCGAUGUCAUGAAGGAGAUCCGCAAGGAUGACGCCAAUGCUUUACAAAAGGCCAAGGAUAUUGUCAAUGUAACGUCACAACACACUCUCCCCGUUCUUCAGCGAUCACUCGCUGACCUGUCGGCUUCCUUGGAAGGUUAUCGUACUACAUUCAAUGGUACUAUUGCUAGCACCACCGAGGCGGCAAGAGGAUAUCUCGCUUCCAAACCUGUUGGAGUUAACUAA